UCCAUCAUAAUGGAGCCAGCGGGUUGCGCAAACGUCAAGCCGCUGUCAAACCAAAAGUUUCAAUUGUGUUGUGUUUUUUGUUUAGAAACCACAUCCUACCGUAAUAGUAAAUUAUUGUUCCAACUACAACCAAUUAGCACAAUGGAAGCCACCAUCAGACAAUGCAGGACGUGUCUCUCUAUCAGCGAGUGCGAUUAUUUGAGCAUAUUUGCAGAGGAGAACAGGACGAAGAAAAUUGACACAGUUAUCGCAGCGCAUCUUUGGUUUGAGGUAGUUGCCACGAGUGAAAGUCAAUGGAUAUGUCAGAGUUGUUGGUGUAAACUGGAAGAGUUUCACGAAUUCUACAUCAGCAUAAAAGAGGCGCAUAAUCAACGAACUACCCCAGGCGAUAGUGAUAGCGUCACCGCCAAAGCGACUUCAGUUUCACCACCAAUUUGUAAUGGUCCGACGUACAAUACGGAGUUCCUGGAGAUAAAAGGAGAACCGUUCGAUAUCGAGGAGUUCGAUGAGGAUGGAUACAGUUUAGGCGGAAGCAGUCCAUGUGACAAAAUGUUAUCCUGUGAUGAUAUAAAGAGUGAGGAAUCGGACGAGAGUGAAAGUGACUCUGCCCAGCCACAGGAUGAAGGGACGAAAAAAAGAGAAAAGUUCACUCGAUCGCGUGGAUCCAGAGCUUCGAGACAAGCGACCGGUGAACGGCUUGCAAAACGAAAGGCUGGCGGACGCUUUCCUGCUGAUCCAGAGGAGGAUAAGAAUAUACUACAGUUCUACAAACGCAUUGUGUGCGAGGUGUGUGACAACAAGCGGAUGAUGGUAGGAGAACCACUGAUUGAGUACGCGACCUGGGGCGAACUGUUGCGGCACACAAAGGAGCUGCACGGACAUUACAAGAUCUUCGUGCAGUGUCCCGUGUGUGAGAUGAAGCUGCGCACGAAGGUGACGCUGGUGCAGCACAUGGAUAUGCACCAGAAUCCGGACAAGUAUCGGUGUGAAGUGUGCGGCGAGGUGUUCCAGAACAUGAAAGAACACAUGCAGAAUAAGCACGAGGAGCGACAGUUUAGCUGCGAUCUGUGCGGAAGCAAAUUCCCCUUCAAAAAGCGGCUUGUGGUGCACAUGAAAAAGAUGCACGCGGAAAAGAACGUCACGUGUGAUCAAUGUCAGAAAUCUUUCACGAGAUACACAAUCGAAGACCAUCGGCGGUCGGUGCAUAUGGCUCGGUUUGUGUGCGAACACUGUCCGAAGACGUUCAAGAUUCGGUUUCGGUUGCACAAGCACAUGCAGGAACACGACAAAAGUUUGCGCAUCUCCACGUCUGUGCCUUGUCCGACCUGCGGCCAGGUGAUGGGCGAUAAGUACAUUCUCCGACAGCAUAUCAAGCACAUGCACAACGAGCAGCAGGCUGUCGACUGUGAGACAUGCGGGAAGACGUUCAAGAACUAUCGCAACCUGAAGAUACACCUGACGAACGUGUGUAUGAAACCGAUCCAGCUGCAUCCGUGUGCGAUCUGCGGCAAACAGUUCCGGCACAAGAACAAGCUGAAAGAUCAUAUGGCGUCCUGCACGCCAAAUUGAAGCAGCACAUUGCACGUGCUUCUGCUACCAUCGAAUCGUUCGACUGCUUCGAUGCUCCGCUAAUAUUCGGGGUAUUCUAAAUUUGUGAUAUUUGUGUCCGUUGCAAAGGAACGUUUACAUUACUUAUUUAUUGACAUUUUAACUAAAAGCAUUACCUUUAACGAGGUAUUGUGCGAUCGCGGUUUUUUUCCACCCACCCUUCUGGUUUUCUGGAUGUAGCUGGUAGUUUAAAAGUAAAUUAACGAUACAAAAUGAGAGGAUAAUAUUCGGAGCGAAUAUGCAGACUGAAUACAUUCCAUAUCCCGACGAAUGAUCAACUAUACUCUAAUCUGCAAUAGUUGCAUAAUCGGAUGCGAACGCUGCUGGACAGCAAGCAACUUUAAUCAGUUUAUUGGUGGAGAAAACAAGGGAAAGAUUUAUCAAAAUUCUUUGGCGGCUGGAAUAUAGGUACAGUUAGUGAUGUACCUAAUGAGAAAGCGCGAACACAUGAACUAGCUGUGAGCUAGAUUAGGAGCUCUAGUAUAACCGAAUGCGACGUUGAACUAGCUCAUGUGCUCACGAUCAUUUAUUUUUAACUUGUGCGUUAUUUUUCUGUAAAUAUAAAAGGAAGUGUUUCAAAAAGCAAGGUUGUUU